UUGAUCAUUGAUGCAACUCCAACUUGGCAAGUGGUAACUUCAAACUUGCUAAAAUUGCUAUGAUUUGAUAUUAUAUACAUGUUGUGUUCACGAUUGUAUUGAGUAUUUCUAUGCACUAGAUAGUAGACAUACUUGUGUAAUAUCUUAAAGCCAUGGCCACUAACGUUGUUACACCUAAGAAAACAUGGAGUCCAGAUAAAAAACACACUGACGUGGAAAGAUGGAUAUGCAUUUACCCUGCAUAUAUAAAUAGUAAAAAAACUCUGGCGGAGGGCAGAAGGCUACCGAAAUCAAUUUGUGUAGAAAAUCCAACCUAUCCAGAAAUGAGAGAUGUACUUCUUACCACAGGACUGCAUAUAGGUGUAGAGAAUAAAUUGUAUCCACGUGAACAGAGUAAAGAAAUGAUGUGUAGAGGUAGACUACGGGUAGAAAUAAAGAAUGAUGAUGGAUCACCAAUUAAAUCUGAGUUUGUGACAAGGGAGUCUGUAAUGAAAUUUAUAGUUGAAUCUAUUCCUAAACUAAGGACACGACAGAACAGACCUGUAGAACAACAACCACAAACAAACCAACCAAGCAAUACUAAAAGCAAAGGUAAAAAGGGCAGACGUUAAAUAAAUAUUCCAUAUUUCUCUACAAUUGUAUCUUUAUACACUUAUUCUAUUAAAACUUUUUAAAAUA